AUGGAGAAGAAAUUAUAUGACGAUUUGAAGUCGAAUGGACUCUCGGGACAGAACCCUGAUGAGAUUGGUGAUUGUUUGUUGCUUGAAACUAUGAUUUUGACACAUGUAUGGUGGUGCAUUGAGCUGGCAGGGGUGAUUCCAUUGACACACUCUCAACUUCCAAAUUUGAAUAUAUUGAUUCUUGUGACGGCAUUCGUCGGAACCGCAAUUGCUUUUGGAUGCUUCUCUGGCACUGCCAUCAUCGCCAAGUGCAGGGAGUACCUGUACCUCAGCGGUCUGCUUUCAUCUGGCCUCUCCAUUCUUCUCUGGCUGCAGUUUGCUACUUCAAUCUUUGGUCACACCAGUUCCACCUUCGUUCAAGAUGAAGAAUGCGCAGGAGAAAUCCGAAGACUAGAAGAAGAGGCUGCUGAAUGA